AUGCCGGAUGAAGCAGCCGACUCGUUCACAGAUAUGACCGGAGGGGGAGAUGUCUUGCGAAUUCACUUGAACAUACGUGCAAGCACACAAGGGACAGCUUACUCGGUAUAUUUUGCCCAAUACGCGCCAGGGGGACUUGGUCGAUUCCUCGGGCUCGGACAGACCCACAUCGACUCUCUGCAGCAAAUCUUCGUCAAGGCGGAGUCGCUUCAAGACGCCUUCCAGGCUUCUGCGGAAUGCCUGGUAGCUAUCAUCAAACACCAUUGGGAUAGCUUAUCCCCCAAGGAGAUCGCCAAUGUAGUGUGGUACCAUGAUGAAGAUUCAUCCUUCAUCUUCUCCAAAGGCGAGCUUCAGGUAGUAGGAUAUGAAUCCGAAAGACAGGCUUGGGAGGAAGGAUUGUAUGAAGGAGAGAUGCAUAGGUAUCCCGUGGAUAAUCCUGUAGUAAGCGAGAUCAUCGAGAAGAUGAAACUUGUCGGGACAUGGAAAAACAUUGGAGAGAGUGGCAAAAAGACUGGCGACAAUGUUUCCGGAGAGUGA